GGGCCGUUACCUUAUUGAUGAAAUCAAGUUUUUAUAUUCCUAUGAAAGUAUGGACACGAGCAAGAAUACUCCACACACGAUGAACUGAUGGGAGAACACCUGCAUUUUAUCGCUUCGUUGUAGAGAUAUAGGAACCUGACCAAAUUUUUGUGAAUCUUCAAAUAUCGCCCUAGAGGAGAUCCUAUCAGCAAGUCUUCAAACGUUUAGAUAAUUCCACAAUGGUAAAGGAUAAGUCAAAGGUCAUUCGCACGUACGACAGUGAGGGCUUCAAGCUUAGGGCAUCCUGUAUAUGUGUACGGUCUGAGGAGGCUCUCGAAGUCCUUCUGAUAUCCUCAACUGGCAAACCGGGAAUGUGGAAAUUGCCCGGAGGUGGACUGGAGCCUGGAGAAGAGUCCCGUGCAGCUGCAUCCAGGGAGGUCCUGGAGGAGGCUGGUGUUGUCGGCAUUCUGGGAAGGAGCCUGGGAGUGUUCGAGAAUCCGGAGCAGAAGGAGAGGACAGAAGUUUAUGUUAUGAUCGUGACCCAGGAACUGGAUGAAUGGGAAGAGUCUAUUGAUAGGAAUAGGAAGAGGCAAUGGUUUCGUAUAGAAGAAGCCAUCGAAAAGGUAGCUCUCUAUAAACCGUUACAGCGUAAUUAUCUUCAAGAAUUAUGCCCAUCGAAGAUUAUGCAAACACUCGCUUGAUCUCUGUUCAUCUAUUUAUUUAUCCAUUGUUCUCAUUAAACAUUCCAUUGUAAUUAUCCAUCCAUUAUAUAAAGCUUUGU